UUCAGAGGCUCUUCCUGCUGCGUGGCUAUAAGUGAAGUGACCAGAGCACACCAAAAUCUACUCCAGCAGCAAGACGUGUAAUCUUUCCUGUAACUAGCAAAUCUAAUGGCAACUCCGGUGACUAUUUACGGACCACCAUUGUCCACAGCAGUGUCUAGAGUCCUAGCUACUCUGAUCGAGAAAGACGUGCCCUUUCACCUCGUUCCCAUUGACCUCUCCAAAGGUGAACAGAAGAAGCCUGAGUACCUCAAGAUCCAGCCCUUUGGCCAAGUACCAGCUUUUAAAGACGAGAGCAUCACCCUCUUUGAGUCAAGAGCAAUAUGCAGGUACAUAUGUGACAAAUAUGCUGACAAGGGAAACAGGAGCUUAUACGGCACAGACAUCUUAUCAAAAGCAAAUAUAGAUCAAUGGGUAGAAACUGAUGGGCAGACUUUCGGUCCACCAAGCGGGGACUUGGUGCAUGACCUUCUAUUUAGUAGUGUCCCAGUAGACGAAGCCUUGAUAAAGAAGAACGUAGAUAAGUUGGCGAAAGUGCUUGACAUUUACGAGCAGAAGCUUGGACAGACUCGGUUUUUGGCUGGAGAUGAAUUUUCUUUUGCUGAUCUUUCACACCUGCCUAAUGGGGACUACUUGGUGAAUUCAACUGACAAGGGAUACCUGUUUACUUCCAGGAAGAAUGUAAACAGGUGGUGGACUGAGAUUUCUAACAGGGAAUCCUGGAAGAAGGUUCUUGAAAUGAGGAAAAAUGCUUGAAAUUGGUGGUCGUUUUUUGCUCGGUCUGCCAGCAGUCUGCACUCCGCAGUCUCAAGUGAGGGUUUUAAAUAAGUUGGCGGUCUCUACCUUUCUCGGUGUGAUUUGUAAUGCAAUUAUCUAUGUUUUCAACCUUUUCCAUGUGUUUAAGCUGAUGUUGUCUGUAGCAUGUGUGCUUUAGACAUCGAGACGAUAGGUUGCCUGUUUCUUGUUGAUCCAAUAAAAACUACCAUGUCCUGGGCUUGAUGACCCAUUCUUCCUUU